AUGUCCAUAGAAGCACUUGGGUUGAAAGACAGCUACGAUGGUAAUACAGCAUUUCAUCUUGCUGUUAUUGCUGGGCUUGAUGAAGCUGUUAAAGCAAUGGUGCAAAAAGAUAAAAACUUAGCACGUAUAUGUAAUGAAAAUGAGUUGAAUCCGCUACUGAAUGCUGCUAUUCAUGUCAGGGAAGAGCAUGAAGAUAUUAUUAGAUUCCUCUGUGAUGAGAUGAAAGAUGAAGAAACAAGUGACUUUCAAGGUCAUUUGGGAGCUCAACUCAUAUGCAGUACAACUCGUGCUGGUUUAUACGAAUUGGCCUAUAAUCUAAUCCGCGAGCACCCAAGUUUAGCAACUGCACGAGAGGACGAUGGCAACACUAUUUUAGACGUUCUAGCAGAAAAGGGUCCAAUUUCCAGCCUGCCAUCUGUUCGACAUGGAAAACUGUCUUUCCAUUUAGAUACUCAGCAAUGCAAAUUUAUCGAUAAGAAACCUACGUUUCUGAAAGUUCUACUCUUUCUCGACCCCGGAUAUCAAGAUGAGAGGAUUUUAACUACUCGCACGGUGGAUUCAAAUGGCGGUAAUAUCCUACAUGUUGCUGCAAAAUUUGUGCCUUAUUUUCAAAUUAAAGGUGGUCUACCUAGUAGCCCUGUUUUUCAAAUGCAAAGUGAGAUUCAAUGGUUUAAGAAAGUGGAGAAGAGGGUACCACCUGCUUUAGCGAAAAUGAAAAAUGAUCAAGGAGAAACUCCACAAGAGGUUUUUACUCGGGAGCACAAAGAUUUAGUCAAAAAUGCAGAAACAUACAUGUUACGUACAGCCGAAUCAUGUCUAAUAGUGGCCGCUCUGGUAGCUACAGUUGCUUUUGCGGCAGCAAUCACAGUGCCUGGUGGAAAUUUCAGUGACAGUAAUGCAACCAACAAAGGAAUGCCAAUAUUCUUGGGAAAGAAGUCAUUCCUUGCAUUCAUGGUGGUGGAUGCUAUAGCUCUCUUUUCUUCAACUUUUGUAAUUCAAGUGUUUUUAACCGUCUUCGUUGGGAGUUACAAUGCAGAAGCAAAAUUUGAGGAAACAAUGCCGCGAAGGCUGGAAUUCAGCCUUGUAUUUCUUAGGGUAUCUGUAGUUAGUGUGACAAUUGCAUUUAGCAUAGCACUAAUGAUGCUUGGAAAUAGUUAUCCAUGGGCUCCUUAUGUCAUAUGUGAGGCUGCCUUUUGUAGUUGUGGUUACUCUCUGGGUUUCAUUUCAGCGGUAACUUGGAGAUUUUGUUUUCUUAGAGAAAUGUAA